AUGCAUCGCACCUAUUCUAUGCGCCAGACCCGGGCGCCUACUGCCUCCCAGCUCCAGAACCCUCCCCCUCCUCCGUCAUCGACAAAGUCCGGCCGUCUCUUCAAGGGUAGCUUCGGACAUGCCCUUCGUCGAAAUGCCGGCGGCGCCUUCGGGCCCGACCUGGCUAAGAAGCUCUCCCAGUUGGUCAAGAUGGAGAAGAACGUGAUGCGCAGUCUCGAGACUGUCGCCCGCGAGCGGAUGGAAGUGGCACAACAACUCUCCAUCUGGGGCGAGGCCGGCGACGAAGAUGUCUCUGACGUCACCGACAAGCUUGGUGUGCUGCUCUACGAAAUCGGCGAGCUCGAAGACCAAUACGUGGACCGAUACGACCAAUACCGAAUUACGAUGAAGAGCAUCCGUAACAUUGAGGCGUCGGUGCAGCCUAGCCGUGACCGCAAGCAAAAGAUCACGGACCAGAUCGCCCAGCUCAAAUACAAGGAGCCCAACUCUCCCAAGAUCGUCGUCCUCGAACAGGAGCUCGUGCGAGCCGAGGCUGAAUCUCUCGUCGCUGAGGCCCAGCUGUCCAACAUCACUCGCGAAAAGGUCAAGGCCGCCUACACAUACCAGUUUGAUGCUCUGCGCGAGCACUGUGAGAAGGUCGCCAUCAUCGCCGGAUACGGAAAGCACCUCCUCGAGCUCAUCGAUGACACCCCAGUCACCCCCGGCGAGACUCGCCAGGCUUAUGACGGAUACGAGGCCAGCAAGGCUAUUAUUCAGGACUGCGAGGAUGCUCUCACCAACUGGGUUACAUCAAAUGCUGUCGUCUCGUCCAAGCUCUCGACCCGCGCACGAACUCUGUCGCAGCGACGCCGAAACAACAUCCGUGCUAGGAGCGAGGGACAUGAUCUCUCUGGCCAGGACGUCCCUCUCAACGAUGGAAGCUCCUGGACGGCACGGGACCAUGACCUUGAGAGCGACGAGGAGGAUGAGGAGGAUGUCCGAGGCUCCAUCAUGGACAGUGAUGGUGGUCUGAACGGCGAGUCCCGUGGACGCACCCAGGAAGUUGCCGCCGCUUAG